UAGCACGGUAGUACCGUACGCAGAUCGAGUGCGUGUGUGACUUCCCGCAUUGGAGAAAUGUCGUCGACACUCGUGGCCGCGAAAUAAACGACGAAACAUGUCCGGACCGACAGUCAGUCGUGCGCAGACACCCGGCGGUGAUGUUCAAAUAGGUGCAACGGUGGUCUGCGUAGUCUGUAAUAGGACUGACAAGCUGUUAAGGUGUUCACGGUGCAAGGCCGUCUUCUAUUGCACCAAAGAACACCAGAGGCGGGAUUGGAAACGUCACAAAGAAUUUUGUACGACUCAUUCUAUACGAUCGAUCGCGCCAGAUUCAGUUUUGACGGCUAAUAAAAAUUCAAUUCUGGAGUCCAGCAAAGAUCAUUCCUCCCUCAGAAACAUACAGUUUUCAAAUACACCAGUGGUUUCUAACCUAAACGAAGAACCAGUGUCAGAAACAACGCGGGGAUCGGAUGCCCUUCCAGAAGUACAUCGUAACACAAAAUAUCCUGGUGGAAUAAAUAAACGAUCAGAAAAAGUAAAGGAACUGUCACAGAAUAAGGAAUGUCAAAAUCCUAAGAGGAAAUCAAGUGGUACAAAAACAAAAGGUACUCGAACAAACAGUGUGGAUGGAUGGACUUCUCCAAUUACGUAUGAAGGAAGUUCUGAGGACACAAUCCUAGGAGCCAGAGCUGAAUUGUUGAAUCCUGCCGUAGAAAGUUCAAGAAUACUCAAUAAUUUACAAGACAAUGAACUAGAUAUGCCUACGCAACAUCACAACGGUAUGAAAAACUUCCCAGAAGUUUGUUUCACUCGUGACGAAGAACUGUUACCACCUUUCCUUCAUAAGAACAAGAAUAAUCUUGAAGAGUUGCUAGAUGAAAUGUGUAGAAACGUGAUUAGAGACAUGGACGAAUAUGGCAUGUGUGUGGUAGACAAUUUUCUAGGAACAGAAAAAGGUCUUGCAGUGUUAAAUGAAGUUUUAAAUAUGUAUAGUGCAGGGUUAUUUAAAGAUGGACAGUUAGUUUCUAAUAAAGCAGGUGCAAAUGACUUGAAAACAAUUCGUGGUGAUCAAAUAACGUGGUUAGAUGGCAAAGAAAAACAAUGUCAAAAUAUUGGAAUGCUUAUAUCCCAAGUGGAUGCCAUCAUUAUGAGGGCAAAUAAAAUGUGUAACAAUGGAAAGAUGGGGAACUACACAAUUAAUGGGAGAACAAAGGCGAUGGUGGCUUGUUAUCCUGGUCAUGGUUCGCAUUACGUGAAACACGUGGACAAUCCUAAUCGAGAUGGACGAUGCAUCACGGCUAUCUACUAUCUUAACCGGGAUUGGGAUAUCAAGAAAAAUGGUGGUCUGCUGAGGAUAUUUCCGGAAGGAUGGCGUGAUCAAGUAGCGAAUAUUGAACCUCUUUUCGAUAGGAUACUGUUCUUCUGGUCUGACAGGAGAAAUCCGCACGAAGUACAACCAGCAUACAAGACCAGAUAUGCAAUCACUUUGUGGUACUUUGACGCCGAGGAGAGGAAUCAAGCUUGUCGAAGAUAUCAAAGAGAAAGAGAAUUAUACGCGAAGAAGGAGAGUUCGUGAGACAGGGAGUUUAAAAGGCCGUUAUACCAUCCGUCGACUGAAAGUGUAACUCUUCUAGCUGAACUUACACGCUUGUGCAUAGUUACACGAAGAACGCACUGGUACAUAAACAAUUAUGUAUUAUUCUGUAUUAUGAUGUAGUCGAUCGCAGGUGGUACGAACAUUGGAUUAUAAACGAAAUUUAAAGAAAGUGCAAUAGAUGUAAGCGCGUUCAUCUUUUUUUUUUUUUUUUUUCUACGUUGCGGCACUGUAAUAUAUUCGAUAAGUAAGUGCGCGUAGCUCUUACGAUUCACAAUUAUACAUAUUAUUAUAAUCUGCGUUACUCUUAACACUUUUAACGUUCACACUCUAAUCGAAUGUUUGAUAAGUAAAUGAAAUUUUAGCAUUCGCUUGCCACGAUUGAAAGUUUGUUAGCUUCGAAAAUUUGGAGCAUUAAGAAUUCGUGCGGCAUUCGUUUGCGAUUGCUGAGAUACAUAGUGUACAGAAAAAAACAGUAUGCGUGUGUGUGUUUGUUUAUUGUGUGUGUGCAAGACAAGAGUGAAAGUCGCGUGAAAGAAAUGGAGCGAUCCGAAAUAAUAAAAGUAACGUUUCUAUCGCAAAACUUUGAUGAAAUUGUCUUGAUCAUUAUAUAUUUUAAAUAUAUUUGUUCCCUUUAACUUCUGUAUAGAUGAUAGAGCGUUUCAGCUGGUUACACGAGAUUGUAAUUAUUCACGAAUUGUAUCAUCAUCAUUUUAUUAUCGCAUCUAAUGUGUUACACGUUGUUCUACGAAGUUAUAAUCCUUAUAUUGAUGUUUGAUUGAAACGGCCAGUAAUUAACUUAUGCUUCCAGCGCAGUGAAUUGAGAUAUGCCGGGGCCCAGUCUGUACCUGUAAGAUUGUUAUGUACAUUGCAAAAAACGGUAGAAACACUGUGUUUAAUAUUGUAUGUAUCUAUUUAUAUAAAUCGAUAAGAAAGCAAAAGUGAAAAAAAAUAAUAAACGCGUACUUCCUGUGUCCCACAUAGAAAGUCUGAGAAAACGAACUUCGUUAGUCAAUGUGAGAGAGAAGUAAAAAGAGUGUUGAGUUUUUUUUUUUUUCUUUUUUUGAGGUGUAUUAUGUUAAAUAUUAUUAAACUUAUUUGAUCGAUAAGACUAUGGUUAGUAAGUUAUUCAAUUCUCUUUCACUGUAUUAUAGGACACGGAGGACCAACAAAUCACCCAGUAUCCUUAACGAGUGAUUUAAGUUAUUUUUGAUGGUCGAACUUAAUUUAAUAUGCUCUUAUUUUAGUAGUAAAAAUUGUUGUGGAUUAAGUUAUGAACUGAAUACGCAUUUUUAAAGUAUUGUAAAACUGAUGAGAAUUGUGAUGUGAAAAUAAAUAUUGUACAAAAUUGGCAUGUAA